AUGUUUGUAGGGUAUCCAUCACAAAGAUCAUCAUCAUAUUAUAUUGAUAAUGAACCAUUACUUACUAAUGGCAAGCAUAUAGUACUGUCAAUGACCUCUACACAUAGAAGUAGAUCAUUAACAUAUGAUGAGUUGAUGGUGUUCUUAAAGGAUAGAGCUGAUAAGGAUAUUGCUAAUUUGAAGGAUUGUUGGAUUGAUUGUCAAGCAUUGGAUGAGAAGGAGAUCAAUGAUAUUUGUAAUGAACUUGGUGUACACUACCUCACAAAGAAGGACAUCAUAAGUCAGACAACAAGAGAGAAGUGCGAGUUCUUUAACAAUCAUGUAUUUGUUGUUGUAAAUGAGAUACAUUAUGAAGAGUCAUCGAAUAACUUGGUUAAUGGACGACUUAAUCUAAUAUUGUUCCCAAAGAUGAUGUUGACCAUACAUGUUCGUCCACUGAUCAGUACCAAACAAGUUCUUCGAAUGAUUAGUUACUCCCCAACAUCAAAGUUUGUCCAUACUCCCAAGCUAGGUGGCAGCAGUAGAACAAGCACAAGCACGACCAGCACGACAAGCACUACCAACACCAAAGGCACAAGCCUAUCAGUACCAACGUCAAAUGACCCGGGCUCGCCACAAGUCAACUCAUUGCCAUCAGCACCAUUCAUACUUUACUCAUACUUGGAUGUGAUCGUGGACAUCUACACUGAUCUGGUGGAUAAGAUCAUGUAUGAGAUUAGAUCGUUGGACGACAUUGUGAUGGUUCUGUCCGGUAUGCGACAGGAGGAGUUGAACAUGCGACUGGGCCUGGCCAGUAAGCGCGUCACCAACCUGAACAAUGGUGUCUUUGGCAAGAGUGACAUCAUCUCGGUGUUGCUGCGCGUGGACGAGCGAUUCAUACCAAAGAGCACGCUGCGAUAUCUGCGCAAUGUACAAGAUCACACCGUGCGUCUGCUUCAAAAGUUGACGCUGUCUCAGAAGCUCUUGAGCAACUUGAACAACAUAUAUAUGGCACGCGUCUCCCUUGAGGUCAGCAACUCUAGCAACAACAUCGAUAAGAGCAUGAGGAAGUUCACUGCGAUCAGCACCAUCUUUACACCAGUCACACUGAUUGCCGCCAUCAUGGGAAUGAACGUUCGCUACCCUGGUAUCUAUGGUGAGCCUGGUGGCGACAACUUCUACACAUUCAUUGGCGUCCUAUCCUUCAUGGCAUUGUUUGCAACAAUCAUUGCACUACUAUUCAAGAGAUAUGGAUGGCUUUGA